AAAGUUUUCGUGCCACCGACGUUCUUCAUCCUGGUCUGGUCCUGCUCAGUUCCGCGCCGAUCGACCAGGAGUUGGUACCCAGUCUCGUCCCGGCCGUAUCGACUAAUCCGCCGGCUGCACUUCGCUCGUUCCACACGCGCGUGUUACCGAACGGCUCUCUCUUCCUUUCUCUCUCUAUCUCGGUCGAUCAUGUCCGGUGAACAGUUCCUUGGCAAACGCUACAAGCUCUCCAACAGCGAGAACUUCGACGACUUCAUGAAGGCGCUCGGCGCCAGCGAUACGUCGAACGUCGAGAUGUCGUCGGGAAUACUGACCGGUAUUUUGGGCAAGCGUUAUAAGCUCCAGUCGAGCGAUAAAUUUGACGAAUACAUGAAAAGCAUGGGAGUAGGUCUGAUGACGCGCAAGAUGGGCAGCAGCGUCAGUCCUGUGGUCGAGCUAACGGAGGACAACGGGACGUACACGUUGAAGACGACUAGUCCCUUCAAAAACACCGAGAUCAAGUUCAAACUCGGCGAAGAGUUCGACGAGGAGACGGCGGACGGCAGGAAGGUGAAGAGCGUCUGCACUCUGGACGGUAAUAAACUCAUGCAAUUGCAGAAGGGCGACAAGGAGUCUACGAUUGAGAGGGAAUUCUCGCCUACGGAGAUGAAAGCGAUUAUGAAGGUAGACGACAUAGUUUGCACGAGGGUAUACAAAGUCCAGGAAUAGGUGGGAUCUCGACUGAAGACUUGAAGGCGUGCACAACCGCAUACGUGAAGAGCACUCCGAAAAAAAGAACGUAUCAAUUGUUGUUUAAGAUCUUGUCUCUCGCGAGCGCGCGAACAUAUGGCAUUAAAUGUCAUGUGUCGGACCAUCUGUGUAUUUAGCUGAAUCACUCGCAGCUUUGUCACGAAGAGAGAUGUCCUUUCACACAAAUUACAAAAGUUGCAAGUUUUUUUCUACAAAGUUUUUUUCUACAGAGUUGAAAUUUUUACGUUUCCGAUAUUUUCACUUUUGUAAGAGGAAUGUAAUUGCGAACGACAACUACAAUUCGAAAUCUAUUCAAGAAUAGAUUGAUCUGAGACAAAUCUUAUUCUGUUCUUAGAAAAAGAAGUAAUAGAAUAUGAAGAAUGUUACAUUAUUCUCGACUGAAGAUAUCAAGAUGGUUAACUGAAGAAUUUUCUGAACGGAAUAGAAUAAAGGCUCUUACGGUUCAAAGCAUAGGUAUAACUUGAGUAAUAUUUAAGCACAAAUUAGCCGCCCGAGGGUCGUGCACACUUCUUCUUUUUGACGAGUUUUUGUAUUACGCGUUACAUAAUGAAAUAUGUAAUAUCGUCGUUGAUGAGUUAUGUUUCGUCUUCAGCGGUAGCUAUGUUACCCAUUACUUGUACGAAUAACAUUUGCCAUAUGAAUUUUUUUUACGAAUAAAUAUUACAGAAAUACGCACGAUAUUUUCACCACAA